CGGCUGGCAGCUCGUCCGGGCACGCAACGCCCCGCGGCGCCCGGCUUUUGCCUCGUCGGCAUUCAAGGCGCAUCCCAUCCCAAGCUGGCUUAAAGGGAGGUGUUGCCGCUGCAUCGCCCCCGGACACCGAGCUGCAGACUGCCGAGACCCCAUCCGCUGCACUCGCUGCCUGGAGAACCACCGCCGCGCUCGCGACUGCCGGAACAAGUGGCGCCCGCUGAGCUACCUCGCCCACCUCAUCGCUCCACCGCCCCUGCCCCGUCCUGUUGUCGCGCCUCAGGAGGGCACUGCCCCACGCUUUGGAGCGGGCCGGGGCUGGGCGCUUCCUCCCCAGCAGCCUGCAGCGGCCGCCGUGUUCCCCAACCUCGCCGCCGCUGCUCCAAUGGCCCGCAGGCUUGGAGACGCUGCAUCAAGGCCAGAGGUGGACUACGUGGUCGUCCCGACCACCUCGGAGAUGCAGGAGGAGUCGGCGCUCCUCUCCAGCAACGCAGCUGUCGCCUGGCUCGAGGGGGCUCGCGACGACGUGCCCGCUGCAACUGUUGCGGCAGCUUUCGCUGCCAAGUUCAGCAUCAGGCAGGCGGACGUCACCGUCGUGCGCCACUACCCCGAGCAGUUCUUUGUCCGGUUCAUGUACCAGCACCACUGCGCCAAUGCAACGGACCGCGGCGACUUCCACCAUGACGGCCUCCACAUCUUCGUGCGCGCCUGGCGCCUGGAAGCCCAUGCUGAGAAUGAAGACCAGCUGCAUCAUGUGCGCCUCUGCAUCGAAGGAAUUCCUGUCCACGGCUGGAACAACUAUGUCGCCACGUUCGUCAUUGGGCACGGCUGCUCUCUGGACUACAUCGAGAACAGGUCGCUACGAAGGGAGGACACGAGGUACCUCGCGCUGUGGGCGUGGACCACCAACCCCGACGCGAUCCUGAAGGUCAAGUGGCUCACUUUGCCGGCACGCGGCCAGCGGCGGCGUGGGCGGCGUGGCCUGCGGCACCGCGUGCUCAUUCAUCUGGACCUGCACGAGGACCACUCCAACGCAUGCGAAGAUGACGACAACCCUCCCACCCCAGACGUGAACGAGUUCACCUGGUACCCAGACAUCGUCGACGGUGCUCCGCCUCCUGGGAGCCGGCGCACGGCUCCAGCUGCUCGCGACGACCGCCGCAACACGCGGCGCGACGACGCCGACGACUGCGACGGCAGCCAUAGUAGAGAUGGCUCAAGAGGUCAGACGGGGUGGGGCGACUGCAUCCGCCGGUCUCUCUCCCGCAACGCGCGGGAGGGCCAGCGCGGGGCGGACCAGGACCGCUCUCGUGAUCGCUCUGGUGGUGGCCGCCGCCACGAUGUCGCGCCCACGGGUCUGCUUGCGGCAAUCACUGAAGGAAAUAUGCCCUAG